AUGCAGAGCGACUCCAACCCGAUGCACCUGCACGGCCACGACAUGUUCGUGCUCGCGCACGGCUUGGGCAACUACGACGCGGCGAGGGACGUGGCCAGCUACAACCUGGUGGAUCCGCCGCUCAAGAACACCGUCGUCGUCCCGAGGCUCGGCUGGGUCGCCGUUCGAUUUGUCGCCGAUAAUCCAGGAACAUGGUACAUCCAUUGCCACUUUGAUUUCCAUCUGUCCAUGGGCAUGGUAGCCGUUUUCAUUGUAGAGGAUGGAUCAACAGUGGACACCUCUCUUCCUCCGCCUCCUGAAGAUUUACCAAAAUGUGGCUCUAAUAAAGGAGGCCUUGAUUUGCCGCCAGUGGAAUUCUUCUACCUCCAAAAUGAACAGAGUCGCAAGACAGUGCCGGGCAAGUGA